AUGAAUGAACUCACAGCAUAAGUUAAUUUAAACGCUAGCCAAUCUCAACAUCCAUCUAACAUACAAUAAAUUGAGGAACAAAGGGUUAAUUAGAAUUAAGAUGCAGAAAUUUAACCAUUACGUGGUGAAGAUCAAUAAAGUUAAUUGUAAGUAGUCUCAUCAUAUCCUAAGAUAAAACAAUCUACAAAAUAGAGAAUAGAAUGCUUAGCAAUAAUAAAAUAGAGUUGAUAAUAGAUAGAGCAUUUAUAUACCACCCUCUCACAUAAAAACUGAUUAAUCAAACUAGUUUUUUGCCAAGGUAAGAAACCCUAACUAUAAUAGAUUCAUAAAAAAGAAAAAAAGAAUAAAAAAUGUUGUUAAGCAUGUUUUCUUCCUAUUGGUUCUCACACAUUUUGUUGUGGAACAGAUAAUACAAAAUAAGAUUUUAAAUAAUUUGGGAUGGGUAUUAAUUUAUAUUUUCGGUUUUUGAAAAAAUUAGGACACUUUUUCAUUAUUUUUACCAUAUUUUCAAUUCCACAAUUAUUCUUUAGUGUGCUAGGUAUUGAUAAUUAAUUAUUAUAGCUUAUGUUGGAAGUGAAUCUCGAGAUACUUCUAAUUCAUUCGAGUUUUUAAUGGCCACUACUAUAGGUGCAACUAGUCUAAAUAAUAAAGAUUGCUAAAUAUAAGCUUAUAGUGCGAGUAAAUUCCCAGAUGAUUAUAUUGAAUUUAAUUUACAGUGUGAAUCUGGCAAUCUUGCUGGAUCAUCAUUUUAUUAUGGCAUAAUAAAUUCAAAUGAAUAAGAUUGCAUUUAUUUGGGUAAAUCUGAAUUAAAUUUAAAUACAACUAAUUAGGAUCGAUUAAAUUCAUUAAGACAAUAAAUCAACUCAAAAGAAGAAUUUUAAUUUUCUUUAAGAAAAUAAGAUUUUGUAAAUGAAGAUCCAACUGGGAAGAGAAUCUAUGCUGGAGCUUACUGUAAAGAAUCAACAAUAACAAUUGGAUCACUGGAAUUAAAAUAAAAAAUAGUACCGAUUAUCUUUGCAUCUUGUGACGCUGUCAUAGUUCUGCUAUUCAUUUAUUUUUUAAUUAGCUUAACUGCUAGUGAAAAUAAAUACAGUAAGAUAUCUUAAAAAGAAACUCCUACCUUAUAGCAUUUUUCCAUUUAGCUAUCAAGAUUACCAAAAAUUGAAAAAUUAAUCAAAUCUUCAAAAAACAAAGAUGAAUUUAAGAAAAAGAAAGAUUUAUUGCUUUUUGAGGUGAAAUAAUUCAUCAAUGAAUAAUUAAAAUUAGUCCUAAAUGAUUAACAAUUAUAGAUUUAUGAUAUUCAAAUUUCAGAAAAUGAAGAGCUAUUGCAAUUAUACAUUCAAUUAAAAUAGAGAAAAGUUAAGAUUUAAGAGCAGUUAGAUCAACUAAAAAUCAUUAAACCCGAUAUAUUUAAAGAUGUCUUAUAGAUGGUAAACAAAUAACAUGAAAAACUGACAUAAACAUUAUAUGAAUAAUUUUACGCCUUAUUUAAAAAUCGGAUAUAGAAUCCUAGUUUAGAGCAAAAAAUAGACUAACCUAAUCAACUUAUUAUAAAAUAUUGGAAAGAAAUAGAUGAAAUAACUUAAAAGAUUGAUGAAAUCUAAUUAGAUGAGAAUUCUAAAUAUAUCUGGGUUACAUUUGAUACAAUAAACUAAAAGGAAAUGGUGUAAAAGAAACUUUAAAGUCUUCCUAAGGAUUGGCUAUAUUAUUAUACUUGUCUUAAAUGUUUUGAUGAUAGAGAGGAACAAGAGAAAUUGUAAAUAUUUUUAAUUAUUUAGUUUACUUAAAAAAUUUAAGCUUUAAGUUAAGGAUGCUCCAAUUCCUGAGAAUAUAAAUUGGAAGAAUUUGAAUUAUUCUAUGAAAUAAAGAUUUUUUAGAUAAUUAUUAAGCAUGCUUUUUACACUAAUUUUAUUAGCCUGCUCAUGGGUGUUAGUAAGUUGGGUAAAUCUUUAGAAGUCUGAUUUUCAAGAAAAAUAUCCAUCAAUAAAUUGCAAUAAUAAAAUCUAUGAUAAUAUUACUAUGGAAUAGGUUCAACAGGAAAUUGAUAAUAAUAACAACUCAGCUAUUAAAGGUUAUGUAGAAUGUUAUUGUAAACCUAAGUUUAGUGAAAUUAUUUAAGGAGAAUAUGAAAUAUGCUAAGAUUGGGGUAAAUAGUAUACAUUCUAAUAAUCAUUACCAUGGAUUAUUGUAGCAGGACUAAUAGCAGUAAAUGUAUUAAUUUAAUACAUAUUAAUCUGUAAGAAUAUAAUAAUAAUUUAGUUUUAUCAAAAUGGGAACGACAUUUGAUGAUUUCAGAAGAAUAUUCAAGCAGAAUUUUGAAGAUAUUUCUAGCUUAGUUUUUAAAUACUGGAUUGAUUCUACUAAUUUCAAAUAUUGAUUUUGGUAAUUCUACUAGGAAUGAUGCUCCAAAGACAAUAAGAUUUCUUUUUGGAGGAAAGUAUGGAGAUAUUGAUUCUAAAUGGUGUCAAAACAUAGGAAUUGUUUUGGUAUAUAUUUAUCAUCUACAAUAGUUAUUAACUUUAUUGAUUAAUAUAUUAACAUAACCUAUUAUGCUUAUGGUUGAGAUAAUUAUUAGAUAUGUAAGAAAGGCUUAUGAUUAAUGUUCAUGCUGUUUAAAUGAGAAGAAAACUAGAUUAUAAAACUAUCAAGAUUUUAAAGAUUUAUAUAAAGGAGAGGAAUUUAGAGUUGAAUUGAGAUAUGCUCAAAUUUUGACUGCCCUUUAUAUAUGCGUUAUGUACAGUCCAGCACUUCCAUUCUUAUAUUUCAUUACCAUGCUGACAAUUUGGUUUCUCUACUUUGUGGAUAAAAUCUCUAGUAAAUCAUUAAAAAUUAAAUUUCUUAGUUUUCAAUACAUAUCGUAAACCUAUUAGAAUAGAUUCAAUAAUUAGUGAAUCAGUGAGAAAAUACUUAUGGAUUGCAGUUGUUAUACAUUUAAGUUUUGCUACUUAUAUUUUUGGAAGUUCUAAUUUAUUUUAUGAAACUGUUGAGGCUGAAAUAGUAAUUGAUUAAUUAUAGAAUGUUUAUGGAUAAGAGAAUGUAGCUGUGGAAUGGUGGGAUAGAUCUUGGAGUUAAAUUCCUAAUAUCAUUUUAUUAAUAAUCCUUGCUUUGAUUGUAAUUUUAAUAAUUUUAUUCUUCUUUUGUUAUAAACCAAUAGUGGGGUUGUUUUCUAAAUGUUUUGCUUGUUGCAAUGAAGAAAUUUAAAAAAAUAAUCCUGGAUUAGAUUAAUAAGAAUAAAGACCUCUUUUAAAAUGUAAAAUUAAUCUAAUUAUUCUAGUUCUAAAAAAUGAAUAAAUAAUUGAAGAUCUGAAAUUCACUAAAUAUUAAAAAGAAGAGACUUCUAAAAUUUAUGAUGACAAAUAUCUCAAAUUAUAGGCAGAAUGCAAAUUACUAAAUGAGAAUAUGGGGAGAGUUCCUUCUAGAAUAAAUCAAGAGAACAGACAAGAUUAAUCAUAAAAUAUAGGUCGACAAUCAGUUGUGAAUAAUAAUGGGAAUUUAUCAUAAAUUACACAAAUUAACAAUAAUGAUGCAAAUUAAAAUGUUGAUGCAGAAAGUUUAAUUAUUAAUUAAGCCUAAGAAGAGAAAAAUUAGAAAAUAAUUGGUUUAAGAUCGUUUAAUAAAGCAGUAUCACUAUUUAUUUAUAUAUUAGUAUAAUAAAACAUAUCAAUAAUACUUUGAGUGGGAAUUCAUUAGAUCCAUUAAUGUAGAUGUGUAACAAUUAUGA